GUUGUGUGGGCAAUUUAUUUUGCACUGGCUGACUCAUUCGUCGCCUAAUAUCUUUUGGCAGUCUGCACGUGCUUUUUCGCAAUAGAGUAUGGGCCAGGAAUGGACAUGGAGGGACGGCAGUAAAUUGUUGCAGACGCCAGCAAGCAGUCGAGCAGAAGCAGUCGCCGCUAUGGUCGAACGCAGGUCAAUCUUCUGCAUCGUCGUACUUUUGACCCCUUUUGUCAUUUGCGGUCCGACAAAGGCUCCAACCCCGCCGACGUCGCCGUUCGCCGCCACAAGAGGACUUUUCGGCGGCGCCUUCAACAUCGCCAAGGAGGCGGCGUCGGCCGGCGCCAGUUUUGCUCAAGGUGUGGCCUCUGAGGUGACCAACGUGUCAGCCAACAUUGCGACCAACGCGGCCAAAAGCGCGACGAACGUUUCCAAGUCGGUGGCCGGACAGGCCAAGGAGGGCGCCGAGGUUUUCGCGGGCAAGGCCAAAGAAGGGGUCGAGGUCAUUGCCGAAAAGACCAAGGAGGGCACUGAAGGCGUCGUCGCCAAGGCCAAAGAAGGCACCAAGGACGCGAUCCACGCGGUCAAGGUCGGCGCCAAAGAGACGUGGGUGGUCAUCUCCGACCCUACGCAACCCAUCUUCCCCGGCACAAGGUGGUGCGGCGCCGGCACCAAGGCCGACAACGUCACCGACGUCGGCGUUUUCAGCACAGUCGAUUAUUGUUGCAGGAGUCACGACAAUUGCUUUGACAACAUUGCCGUCGGCGAAACCAAGCACGGACUCAAAAAUGAAGGCUCAUUUACCAGGUCACACUGCGAUUGCGACGAAGAGUUCUACGACUGCUUGAAAAAGGCCGACGACUUGGUCGCCGCCAAGGUUGGCUUCACUUACUUCAACGUUCUCCGUCCGCAGUGCUUCCGCGAGGAACGACCUGUGGUGCGGUGCGCAAAGACUGUCGGCAUUGCUGCAACCAAAAGGUGUGCAAAGUACGAGUACAAUGAUAGGGCAGAGAAGAAAUGGCAGUGGUUUGACGCUCAAGACUACUGAUGUAAUAAUGUUAAUAAUUAAUUAAUCGACGGUGAAUUUUGCUCUUGACUUGAACAAUUUUAUUCUGAAUUACUGUAUGAAAAAUUGUCUUACGAAAUUAAUUUGA